UGAGGCACGGCCUGCGCUCAACCAGAUUAAGCUUCGUAUGGGAUAUGAGUCUUAUUUUUAGUGUUCAUUGUGUAUAUGUCUGUUCUGUAUGUAUUUGCUUCUCCAUCACUGUCUACCCUCCGAUACCAUGAGUUUUUCAGUUCAGCCAUUGCUUUCUCAAAGAAAAUAACAAAUUCUUGGCUCAAAAAUAGUAAAGAAGUGGUAUUUUUGUAACAAACAGUCACUGCAUUAGUAUAAUGUCUUAGCAUUGCUUCUGAACCGACUGUUGCUUACCUUAAGCCGCGAGGCUUUUAGAUAUUAAUCAACAAAAUAUAAAUAUUCUUUAAGAAAAGUUUGUAUAUAUUCUUGACUUUCAAAUAAUAAUAAAAACAAAGACAUUUCGAGUGAUAAUUUAGUUUUAAAUCCGACAAAAGUGUGGACCGACUCUAAUGAUUGUGUUUUGAUUUUAAAGAUUCUUAAAUUCUUAAGAGUCUUUUUAUUGUUUUUAUCUGAUCCGUCAAAGAAGUAUAUUUUCGACCACAUUUACACCACAAUUAAUGAUUGUCACAUAAAUUAUAUUUGUGAUGAUUGUCGGACAUAUGAGUGAUGUGUCUGCCAUCCAGAUCCCUGGAUUGACAAGUGGACAUCUAUCAGGUCCACCCAUCACCGCUGGUCUUACCUCAACUGGCUGUCCAAACCCACAAUCACCGGCAAUGAUGCCAUCAUUUGGUUUCACCACAGAACAGGUCGCAUGUGUUUGUGAAGUACUACAACAGUCGGGCAAUAUUGAAAGGUUGGCCCGAUUUAUUUGGUCAUUACCCGAGUGUGACCAGGUUCAGAGGAAUGAAUCAGUACUUAAAGCUAGAGCACUGGUAGCUUUUCACAGAGGGCAAUAUAAAGAACUGUACAGAAUUCUGGAAAGUCAUACGUUUAGUCCUUCAUCUCAUCCAAAAUUACAAAACCUUUGGCUCAAAGCUCACUAUAUAGAAGCUGAAAGACUUCGCGGACGACCAUUAGGUGCGGUCGGAAAGUACAGAAUCCGACGGAAGUUUCCGUUGCCGCGCACCAUAUGGGACGGGGAAGAGACGUCCUAUUGUUUUAAAGAAAAGUCCCGAAAUGUUCUACGCGAGUGGUACGCUCACAAUCCAUAUCCCAGUCCAAGAGAAAAGAGAGAACUGGCCGAAGGCACCGGACUUACCACUACUCAAGUAAGCAAUUGGUUUAAAAACAGGCGACAGCGAGAUAGGGCGGCUGAAGCUAAAGAUAGAGAUCCCAAUGAUAAGUCCAGCUCCGGGUCGGGUAUGAAAUCUGGUGCCAAAGGCCUUAACGAUUCGUCCAAUUCUGGCAAUGAUAGCGACGAUUCAUCUAAUGAAGCGACUUCUCUGCGGACGAGCAGUGGUUCCGAUCAUAUAAUUCAUAGCAUGGCUUCUCAUCCUUCAAACCCCAGCCAUCAACAGCUAAACUCUGUGUCAGUUGUGAGUCAAUCGGCAGCGACGGCCACCCAAUCAUCACUAUAUCAUGGCUUUCGACUUAAUCAUCAGCACAUAGCCGCUACCAUACAUCCUCAUGGCCUCCAUUCUCAUCAUUUGGCAGAUGUGGCGCCGACAGGACUAGUCAUGCACUCCGGCGGCUCAUCGGCCGAUACAAUGCUUCAUCUGAGUGCAGUGGCCGCCGCUUCCGGACUCGACUACGGGUCCUCUAUUGUAGGCCAUUCACAACUUUGAGAGACCAGUUAUGUCUGAAUAUACAUUCCAACAGUUAAGUUAGGAUUUGAACAAACAGUAAAUACCAUGUAUUAUAUCAAUUAAAUAUAUCCUAA